GUACAGUUUUGUUACUCAGACCUCACGAGCUUCCUUCCCAGGCAGCAUUUUUAAGCGUCAUGUGACAUUAUCGGUCUACGUUAACCGCGUUUGAGGCACAUGCAAAUACUGUCUGGUUAGGCAGCUCACUUGGUUACUAAACCAUUCCAGUAACUUGUGGGUCGUGUGUUAUUUUUGUCCGUUGUGUUUAUUAUUUUUGUCCGUCAUCUAUAACCCACAUGUUGCGAGCAGAGCGCAUGCGCCGACGCGUCCGUCAGUCUCGAGGAAACUCCUCCCUGUCGACAACACGCUCUCAGCAGCGCAAUGGUCUCCUGGAUCAUUUCUAGGCUUGUGGUGCUCAUAUUUGGUACCCUUUACCCGGCAUACUCCUCUUAUAAAGCUGUUAAAUCAAAAGAUGUGAGAGAAUAUGUGAAAUGGAUGAUGUACUGGAUAAUAUUUGCACUUUUUACUACAGUUGAAGUGAUUACGGAUAUAUUUUUGUGCUGGCUCCCAUUCUACUAUGAACUCAAAAUCGCCUUUGUGGUGUGGUUACUUUCCCCAUACACAAAGGGAUCCAGUGUGCUAUAUAGAAAAUUUGUCCACCCUACACUAUCCUCCAAGGAGAAGGACAUCGAUGAAUACCUCUGCCAAGCAAAAGAUAAAAGCUACGACACCCUGAUGCAUUUUGGAAGGAAAGGUCUGAAUGUGGCGGCAACAGCUGCAGUAAUGGCUGCCACUAAGGGCCAAGGUGUCCUCUCCGAGCGUCUCCGUAGCUUCAGCAUGCAGGACCUGUCAUCUUUCCAGGCAGAGGGCCAGGCAAAGAAUACAAGUUCUGUAACUACUCAAUCUGCAGCCGCGCAGCACAGAACACGCACCAUGAUGCGCAGCAAAUCAGAGACGGGUUACAGCAAGGGGCAUGAUUUUGACAUGACCGAAUAUGAGAUGUUGAACUUGGAGCAAUAUGCCCCCAUUGAGCCUCCUGGUCCGCUGACACCCACACCUACCCCGGCCCCAUCCCAGCCCACUCUGCCCCAGCCUGAGCCCACGACUCCUGAGGCCUUCCAGGAUAAACCCACAUCCCAAACCGUAGCCUCAGAAGAGCCUGAGGAGAAGGAGGACUUUGCCUCAUCUGCUUCAGUCCAAUUCAGAUUUAAGAGGCGUGCCCCUGAGCCUCCUCCUAGAAUCCUAAGACCCGUCACCAGAUCCAGAUCAAAGACCGCCCUCUCUUCGGACACUGAAGCCAUGUGACUGUGCAUAUGCUCCGAGAGCACUUUAGCUGUCUUACCUGCAACACAAGGAGACGCAACAAGAGAAGGCAGAGAGAGAGAGUGCAGCUAAAAUGUUGAAAUAUUCAAAAGCAGCCUUGCUCUGUAAUGAGGUAACCAAAGCGAUGCGCAACCUUUCGCUUCUGAUCUUUGACACUCAAAGGGGCGGGAAUUCAUUUAGGUAACACGUUCAUGUGCUUACUGCUGCUCUGAGAUUCUUUUGGGGUUAUUAAACUUGUUUUGUAUAUAUUUGUGUCAUGUUUGAGUGUAAACUGUUUGAUUUCUUUGUAUGAUUUUGGGAGAAACAAACACAUGCAUGUCCCUCUGGUCACUCAACCAUAAUCAUUGCACAUAAUACUUACUGUCUAUGAGCAUACUUUAUUUUUAGGGGGACUACACUAAUUUUGGGUCACCCAAAGCACCCUUAACUACUACUGAGUAGCAAGGUGUUUCCGAAUCAGCCUUUCUUAGAACAGUAGUUCUUAGUAAAAAAGUACUGCACUAAUGUGGUAGGUGUGUUUGACUGCAUUUAUUUCAUCAUUUAUGUAUCAACAAAUGCAAAGGAUCAUCUGUACAGAGGGAGUUUUUAAUGAAAGGUAUUACCCACAAUACCUGACGUGAUUUAAAAUAGAUGGACAAAGUGCAAUGGAUUUUACACUUCUUUGAAACGUUCAAUAGUUCAGCUAUAAACUUAAAAUAUUGUGCUGUAACUUCAAAUAUAUAUAACGUUCAUCAAUAUCCAUCGUGUUAAAAAUGCACUAGAAACUUUCCUAGAUAUUUGCUUAUGGACAUUCUUACUUUACUUGAUGAAUUAUUAGGCAUGUAAAGUAUUUGUAUCAUUUCAAAACUCUGCACUGAUUGAUCAACAAGACUAUUUUCUGGUAUUUUCUAGCUGGCUUCUUAAACGUCUUCAGUUGCUUGAUGUUGCAUGUAUUCACAUUGACAGUCUGAAUGUGUCUCACAUUUUUGGCCUCCACUUUCUGAACGUGUUCAGUAUUAAAGUACCUUAUGAGAGAUGAGCACUCAUUAGUUGUAAUUUGGUACAACACAAAGCGGGUCUUUUAAUCAGUGUAGUCGUUUUACUUUCGUAGCAGUUAAACAACUAUAGUAGUCAUACGAGGAGAAACAAGUGUAAAACUCAAGUUUGCGGUUGUAUCAUUCCUGUGUUGCAGUAACUAUCCAAACACACACUGUAGCUGAAUCUUAGAACAUCCUACAUUUAAAAAGCUUUUCACAGUGUGUUUUAUACUGUGAAAAUGAUGACAAUCCUAAUCUCAUAAACACGCUUUGUCAAAUGACAGAUUUUAUGUGUUUGAGAUCUUGUAGCUGUUCGAAAGGUUACAUCAAACUUCACUGACAAAAAUAUCUGGCUCAGGAACUGUUUUCGUCAUUUUAGCACAAUUUCAUUUAGACUUGUGUUUAUAUUAUCUACAAGUCAUUGGAAUAGUGAUAAUCUGUUUGGCUUUGUGUUUCCAGUAUUUACAGUGAGAUAAAACACAGCAUUAUCUCUAUGUGAAUUGGUAUGACGUCGUAGUUCUCGGUAUGGAACCAUCUUUGGCUUUCUACAGCAUAUAAAAACAUCUGACUGAUGCUUCUUUUAAUAUUCAGGUCAUUAAAGGCACAAGCUUUGAGAUCUCAUACCAUGUGAAAAGCAGUUUAGCUGUGCAUUUAGGUGUUCUGUCAUUCAGCUAUUUAUGAAUUUAACCCAUUUUAAUAUCAACAAAAUGGUGUGAAUUAUGAAUCUCGUGGACUACCAUCUGGAUUGUCCAUUUUUGAAUAUGAAAGUGAGACAUACAUAUGCAUGCUUAAUCAUAUCGGGUGUUUUUAAAUUCAGGGACUUAAGUAGAGGCUGCGCCUUUAAAGACUAGAAAAGUCCUGGCUAGCUGUUAAAUCCUUCUGAAACUGAGCUGUCAUGUGUUUUUGAGUUGUGUGUGCCAGUUUGUUCAGAUUAGAAGAGUCAAAAUGUCUUUUCACUAUCCUCUAAAAACAUAACGGCUUGCAAUAUCUCCAUAAAAAAAAGAAAAA